AUGGCAUCUCCUUUUCCUUGCACAUUCUUCUCUUUUCUCUUGCUCCUUCUCCUACCCUUCUUAUCUUCCUCAUAUGAUCCCAACUCCAAGCCUGACCAGCUUCACUUGUCUUCACCAGCAUUCUUCCCGAAACUCCAAGCCGAAAAGCUCAUUCGGGACCUCAACUUGUUCCCCAACGAUGAGAUUAACACCGGAGCUUAUUACAACUCUUCAUUGGACGCUCCAAAGCUUGUCGAAAAGCGCUUCAAGAUGCCAUACUUUGCUGCUGCUAAUGGAACCACUAUUGCAGAGCUUGGACACCACGCCGGCUACUAUCGCCUCCCAAAUUCCCACGCGGCAAGGAUGUUCUACUUGUUCUUUGAAUCAAGGACAAACAAGAAUGACCCUGUAGUGAUUUGGUUGACUGGAGGACCAGGUUGCAGCAGUGAACUUGCUGUGUUUUAUGAAAAUGGUCCUUUCCAUAUUGUAAAUAACUUGUCUCUUACUUGGAAUGACUAUGGCUGGGACAAGGCAUCAAACCUUCUCUACGUUGACCAACCUACUGGAACUGGUUUCAGCUAUUCUUCGGAUAGCCGUGAUAUUCGUCACGAUGAAGAAGGUGUCAGUAACGAUUUGUACGAUUUCUUGCAGGGAUUUUUCACCCAGCAUCCUCAAUUUGUUAAGAAUGACUUUUACAUCACUGGAGAAUCUUAUGCUGGCCACUACAUUCCGGCAUUUGCUUCUCGAGUGCACAAAGGAAACAAAGACAAGGAAGGGAUUCACAUAAAUUUUAAGGGAUUAGCAAUAGGUAAUGGCUUAACCAAUCCAAGUUUCCAGUACAAGGCAUACCCCGAUUAUGCACUACAAAUGGGUUUGAUUAAGAAAGCUGAUUAUGAUAGAAUUACCGAGUCGAUUCCAGCCUGUGAACAAGCAAUCAAGACUUGUGGCCCUACUGGUGGACGGCCUUGUGUAGACGCAUACAGUGUUUGUAAUAACAUAUUUUCCGAGAUCAUGGAUAUAAUCGGUGAUAAAAAUUAUUAUGAUAUCAGAAAACAAUGUGUGGGGGAUCUAUGUUAUGACUUCUCAAACAUGGAGACAUUCUUGAACAUGAAAUUAGUUAGGGAAGCCCUAGGAGUAGGUAGCAUAAACUUUGUUUCUUGCAGCUCUACGGUGUAUGAGGCUAUGUUGUCGGACUGGAUGAGAAAUCUGGAGGUGGGAAUUCCUGCCCUUCUUGAAGAUGGAAUUAAGGUGCUAGUGUAUGCUGGGGAGUACGAUCUUAUAUGCAAUUGGCUUGGGAACUCAAAUUGGGUUCAUGCUAUGGAAUGGUCUGGUCAGAAAGCAUUUGAGGAAUCACUAACGGUUCCAUUCAAGGUUGGCGGUGCAGAAGCAGGACUGCUUAAAAGCCAUGGACCCCUCGCUUUCCUCAAGGUCCAUAAUGCUGGUCAUAUGGUCCCAAUGGAUCAACCAAAAGCCGCCUUACAGAUGCUGACAAAUUGGAUGCAAGGGAAUUUAGCAAUGGCCCAGUCAAGAGAAAGAGCUGCUCACAAGUGA